AUGCAAAUUAUGAAUAAUAAUAUUCGUUCUAGUUCACCAUCUAAAGAAGAACGUGAGUCCAGUCGAGUGCCUAUCUCUCAACAAAAAAUUGAUUUUAAUAAUGAACCCAUUGAAAUAGUAGAAUUAGUAAAUAAACUUAUUCAUGAGUUUGGUGAUGUUCAAACCACAAAACGGAUAGAUCGUUUAUGGAAUUCUUCAGUUAAUACUAGGGCUAAAACAAUUCCACAUCCACAAAAUUGUUUUAUACUCUUUCGUAACAAUAUAACGGCCGAAUAUAAUCCACAAAAAAAUAAUAAUAACAGUAAAAAAAGAGUUGAUAAAAACGUUCCAAAAUCGUCUAAAAUUGCGAAGGAAAGAUGGGCAACUAUUAAAAAAUUUAAUCAACGUGAAUACA